GGCCGCCGGUUCCCGACCCCACAGGAGAAGAAUGACCGGUGUUUACCUGUGCCCAGAGAAGUCGGCCUUUGCCAAUACGACAAAGAAAGCUAAGGCAUGGAAACCCAUCAAAGAUCCACUGGCCAAAAGGUCACCUAUACCCCCUAAUUCUUUAGAGAACGGCUUCCGUCGAGGGAUACGCCAGCAGCUGGUCGAGGCGUGUGAGAAGGACGACCCGAAGAGCAUCGACGAUUGCAUCCGGGCAUUCGAGAAAAACCGCCUUGAAGACAAGGGAGAUUUAACACGGGCCAGGGAAAAAAUUGAGAUGUUGAAUCUGAAGAAAGGCUUAUUUGAUGCUAUUCACAGACGAAGAGUUGAUCUAUUGGAUAAGGCCAUAGCAGAAGUCAUCGAAUCCAAAUUCGUGUAUGACUUGGAUCCAUUCCCUCUGAGGAAAGCCAAGAAACUCCGUGAAGAGUUGUCGUCCUUGAACAGUUUCAACCAAGCGGUGUCACUUUUGAACCAGAGGACAAUUUCCGAGCUGAGGACCUACGCGAAAAUACCCGACGUGGUCAAGAACACAAUGAUUGCAGCUUUUCUCAUGCUCGGUGAAAACUUAGAGGACUUGAAGGACUGGGAUUUUAUCCGAAGCGUCUUGGGUAGGACAGGGACCGCCAGUGUUCGACUCAAAAUGGAGAACUUCAAUCCCACCAAAGUGCCGAUGGAGAUAGCUCAGAAAGCCGAUUCCUACCUCAAGUUUGUCCACAUUGACUCUGUCAGACAGGCCAGCAUCGGCUGUGCAGCCUUCUAUAUCUGGACCAAGAAGGCCAUUGCCAAGGUUAAAGGCGACGUAGUCUACACCUCAAGGCCUGAAUCAGAUUCUAAUCAGGCAGAUGGAUCUCAUCUGUAGGAUUGUUAGCAAAUGAUCAGACAUAAUAUGAUUUACCUUAACAAAAAUAUAAUAAUUAAUGAUAACUAGCGUUAUAUAUCAAUGUUAAAAUUACAAAAUGAAUUUUAACAUACCACUGAAAAGAAAAAUUGGUUAUUAAAUCACAAACUAUUGUACAAUAAUUUUAUAAUAAAAAGGUAAGGAGAAGGCUAAAGGUUUUCAUAUGGCUAAAGGUAGAAAUAAUUAUGGUUAUUGGUUAUGAUUAUGGUUAUUGUAUAAUUAGAGCAAAUUUUGUUUAUACAGAGGCAGUAUUUACAGUAUAUGGCGUAAGGCAAUGGGAAUUACACAGUGUAAUAUUGAAACAGGCAUACAGAAAUGUUGGAAAACAAAUAAAUUGCAUACAAGAACUAUAUUGUCACGUUUUCUGAAGUUACUUCAUUCAUACCUGUACACUGUACAUAUGGGAGCUUUCCAUUUGAAGGCGAUUUGAAGAGACAGGGCACAAUGUCAAACAACUGAAAAAAUUAAGAUCCUGAAUGACUGCCUCUUCUUCUUCUUCUUCAAAAUAGCACGAUGGACUUUUAAAGUGAAAGAGGGACUGUCUCGCCUCUGAAAAGGUCACACAAGCGGUUCGAAUGAGAAACUGAAGAAAAUAUACAGGGUUGAGAUGCGCAUACGAGUUAUCCCCCCUUCGUACCAAUGUGGAGCUUAUUUUACAUGGAAGUUAAGAGAUUGGUUACUUAGUCCCCGUUCCUUAUUGUGGCCAGAGCUCCAGAACAGGACCAUCGCUUAUCGCUAUAUAUUUGUUUAUACAGAACACAUUCGGUAUACUUCUGUGCACAAAUUGUGGUGUGGUGUAAGGAUUUCAGCUGGUUCCCCAGUUCAACCUUCGUCCAUCCAUCUAUCUGUUGGUAUGCCAACACGUCUGUUUGUCUAUUUGUCCCUCACAUACAUCGAAAGAGUAAUUCUAACACGUAUAAUGUAUAUGAUUCUGGUGACAAAACCGCCAUUUGUGUCGCUCUAGAAAGACAAUAUUCCCUGAGGGAUUAAAUAUAUGAACGUUUCAUCCAAUUUUAGUAGGUAAAUAUGGGGUCUUCAUGUUUUCCAUGACGCUUAAUUACGGCCACCAAUCUUGAUCGCCCUAUCCAUACCUGUGAAGAAAUAGCUAUGGAAUCACAUUAAUUUCUUUUGUGCCGCUCUGAAUGGCUAAAAAUAUGUUCAAGGCCCUCUGUUGUGCAUACAUGGCCAAUUUCAGAUCAAUAAAAUGGAGACUUCUUCCUGUCUCUAAAGACACAAUUAUACAGCAAAAUAUUAAUGUCUAAUAUGUGUAUGCUAAAACCGCCAUUUGUGCAGAUCUUGAAAGAAAUUUUGUCCUGAGAGAUUCCAUAUAUGAAAGUUCCAUCCAUUUUUUUUGUUUUUGGUAAAUAUGGGUUGCAUGUUUCUUAUGGCCCUUAAAAAAGGGCUAACACCUUGAUCGUCCUAUCCACCCCUGUGAAGAAAUGGCUAUGAAAUCACAUUAGUUUCUUUUGUGUUGCUCUAAACAGAUAUAAAAUCUGUUCAAAGGUCCCCUGUCGUGCACACAAGACCAAGUUCAUGUCGGUAAAAUGGGUCUUCCCGUCUGUAAAGACAAAAAAUGAUCCGGAUACAGAGAAAAAAACGUUGACGUCCAAUACGGUGGCCUAGAAAGGAAAUGGGUCUGGUUAUAAAACCGCCAUGUGUGUCACUCUAGAAAGACAUUGUGAUCAAGUCUAUAAAAUGGGGUCUCACUGUCUGUAAAGACCCAAAAUGACCCAGAUAUACAGAAAAACGUUAUGUAUAAUAUGUACACCUAGAAAGGAAAUGGCUGUGAUGACAAAACCACUCCAUUUGUACCACUCUACGAAGACACUGAGUACCAGAAGAAUUCCACAUUGAAUGUGCCAUCUAAUGUUUAUUGGGCAAAUAUGGGAUCUUCAUAUUCUGUAUGGCCCUUACGUAGGGCCACCUAUCUUGAUCGCAACAUCCACUCCUGUGAAGAAAUUUAGAGUGGCACAAAAGAAAUGGUUUCUUUUCAGCCGCUCUAAAUGGCUAUAAAAACUGUUAAUUUCCUCUGUCGUGUUCACAAAGCCCAGUUUAGGUCAAUAAAAUGUGAUCUUCCUGUCUGUAAAAAGCACAAAAUGACCUGGAUAUACUGAAAAACAUUAACGUCUGAUAUGUAGGCCUGGAAAGGAAAUGGUUCUGGUGACAAAACCGCCAUUUGUACCACUCUAGAAAGACACUGUGUACCAAAAAGUUUCAAUAGGUGAACGAUCCAUCCAGUUCAUGUUCUUUAUGACCCUCAAUUAGGGUCACCCAUCUUGAUCGUCCUAUCAAUACCUCUGAAGAAAUGGCCUUGUAAUCACAUUACACUCUUUGUGUUGCUCUAAACUGCUUUCAGAUCUCUUCAAAAGUCUUAUGGGGGUGCACUCCAUUUCAAGAUUAGUUAAAUAAAAUGGGGCCUUUCUGUUUGUACAGACCACAAAGUGAUCCAGAUAUACAGUAAAAAUUCAUGUCUAUCAUGUAAUGUGUAAAUAGCUUUGGUUACAAAACCGCCAUUUGUACCACCUUAGAAAGACCAUGUGUGGCACAAAAGAAACUAAUGCGAUUUCAUAGCCAUUUCUUGACAGGGGUGGAUAGCUCGGUCAAGAUGGGUGGCCUUCAUUAAGGGUCAUAGAGAACAUGAAGACCCCACAUUUACCCAAUAAAUGUUGCAUGGAGGGUUCAUAUCUUGAAUCUUCCAAGUGCACAAUGUCCUUCUAGAGCGGCGCAAACGGCGAUCUUGUCAUCAGAAGUAUUUACAUUGUACAUAUUACAGUUCAAUCUUCUGUUGUUAAUGUGGAUCAUUUUGGGGUUUAUCCAGAUAGGAAGAUCCCAUUUUACUGACCUUAAGUUGAAUUCGUAUGUACGACAGAGGACUUUUGAACAGAUUUAACAGCCAUUUAGAGCGGCACAAAAAAAAAACUAAAAUGAUUCCACAGCCAUUUCGUCACAGGCAUGGAUCUGGCGAUCAAGAUGGGUGGCCCUAAUUAAAGGUCAUAGAAAACAUGAAGGUCCCAUAUUCACUCAACAAAAAUUGAAUGGAACACUGAUUUGUUAAAUUUUCUAAGUGCACAAUAUCUUUCUGUCACCAUAGCCGUUUACAUUAUACUUAUUAGACGUUAACAUUUUGCUGUAGAUCCGAGUCAUUU